AUGCCGAGGUCCUCCUCCGCGCCCCGCAUCCUCGGCAGGGCCAUGGCCAUCCUCUCCCUGCCGCUCACCCCGCUCUCCAAGGCCAGGGCGGCGCGGACCCUGCUCCUCUUCAAGAAGCGCCGCGCGCGCCGCCUGCGCCACUACAACUACGCCUACGUCGGCGAGUACCAGUUCUCGCCCUCCGGCUCCCCGCUGCUCCUGCCCCGCCCGCCCGGCGUCUCCGCGUGGCGCGCCAAGCGGAGGAGCCGGGCCAGGACGGUCCUCGCCGCGCUCCUCUGCGGCGGCGGGUGCGGCUUCGACGGCGACGGCGGGAUCGACGUCGCCGUGCUCGACGGGCUGCUGCCCCUGCCUCGGGCUCUGCAGGACGAGCGGUCGGUUGACGACGACGGCGAGGAGGAAGCGUGCGACGGCGAGGAGGAGGAGGAAGUGGAGGUGGAGUUCGAGGGGGACGAGGAGGUGGACGGCCGCGCGGAGCGGUUCAUCGAGAGGUUCUACGAGGAGAUGAGGAUGCAGCAGCGGCGCCUCCUCUAG